AUGGCUAUCGUUUCCAAAGCAAAGAAAUGCGUCAACAACGUAAGUCACAAAGUACGUGCUAGCAUCUCAUCUGAGUCGAGUCGGAGUGUCAAACUUGACAUCGAGACUGACCCUGAUACAAGAGCCAAGUUGAGGAAAGGUCAUACCGACAUUGUAGCAGUCUCUCAACGAUGUAAGGAUGACAACCGCGUUACCAGCGUCCAAUGUGAUCGUGAAGUCAUCGCCGCUGAUACGUUCGCAAGAGAUGACCGUGAACGAUGGCUCAGAAGCAUGAGCAAAGAAGGACGCAAACUGUGGACAGAAGCUAUGUGGGAGCACGAUGCGAAGUAUGCACGCCUGGAUGGUCCACAUAGUAAGGAGAGCGCCGAAGCUCCAAGCGUUCAAGAGUUCCGUCUAGUAGUUACUCCUCCUCCAGAGGAGGUAGACUCUGCAGAGAGGGAAAUUAAGAGUCUGACCAGAGAGACCUUUCACAAGGGCGCUGAACAAGCCAUGGCAGUAGCAGCAUUUGAGGCACGUAUCAAGGCUGGUGUGGCUCGAUUUGUCAACAGAUAUGGCCCUGGAGUUGGCGACCUCGCUGUCGUUGAGUCUGCACUCCGUGAGAAGUACGCUGCUGACGAUGCUGAGCGUGUUCGUAAUGGCGAGCCUCUGCCCCACGCUGUCUUCCCAACGACUGUGUUAACGACGACAGGAAGUUCAAUCCACCUGACUCCGGAACGGAUUGCCGAACUUGAUAAAGACAGAUUGGAGGCCUUUUUGCAAGAAGAGUACGCUUUCGAAUCCGUCUUCAACGUACUACGAUCGGGUCGCAAUUCUCCUGCCGUAUGA